AGCAGCCGGCAUGUCGACGGGCGUCGUGACUCUGCAGGCCCAGGUGGAGUCGGUGCUGGGGAGGCUGGUGAAAGCGGCCACGGUGGAGUUAACCAAGCUGUUCGAGAGCAGAUACCAAGCCUCGGCUGGGGGCGCAGGCCGCGCGGAGGGACGAGACCCGGAGGCGCCGUGCGGGGCGGCCGGGGACACGAAGCGGAGCGUCGGCGUGCAGGUCGACGCGGAGGCGUACCCGCCGGCGGCGUUCCCAGAACUCCCCCUCCUCCCCGAUGCGAGCUGUUUGGGAGAUUACAAGCAAGAGGCGCUGGAGGAUCAGCCGAGCCCAUCAGAGAUCUCCCUCAUCGAAGCCAAUGGCCAUGCCGACCCCCACUGGCUGCCCACGAUGGAGCAGAUCGUGGCAGAGACCCUGGAUAUGGUGGAGUUCAGGAUCCUUGAUAUGGAGCCUCUGCCCGACAUUGAUGCUGAAACAGAAGAUGUUCUGCAAGCGGCUGAAGAACCCGAAGUGGAGACCUCGUGGUGUGAACCGAUACAGAACUCUCCGGCUGGACAGAAGCCCCUCGUGGUCCAGGCAGACACCAGCCCCCCCACAUGUGAGGGGAAGGUCAAAUUUGUCUGCCCGUUGAUCCUGAGGCCGGACUCUCCAGAGCAUUCUAGUGACGGUUCGAAGGCGCAGGUCAGGCCCGAGCCUGAACAGGCCCGAGCCAGCACCGCCAGGGGCGCCGCGUACAGUCCGUCGCCGGCCGACGGCGCCAUGACCCCUGCACAGACGGCAGAGGUCAAACCGGAACCGCCCUCUGAAGACCCAAAGCUGCUGCUCCCCUGCUCCGUCUCGCUGCUGGACGUCGGCUCCGUGUCGGCAUCCGUCACACGCAGUCAGAGCGACGCGGCUGCUUCUCUCUGCGAGAAAAGAGGUUUUCCCCUACCCAGAGACCUGCGCCUCCAUCAGGGCUCCCACACCGGCCGCCGUCUCUGCUGCUUCACGAAAUGCGGAGACGGGUUGUGGCGCCUGGCGGAGGGCGUGACCAGCUCCCGCGAGGGACACGCCUGCAGCGCCUGCGGGAAAACGUUCAAGAGAAAGAAGGUCCUCCGUCGACAUCAGCGCUUCCACACCGGAGAGAAGCCGUACUCCUGCAAAGUGUGCUCCAAGACGUUCGCCCUGAGGAAGAGCCUUCGCCGCCACCUGAGGUUCCACACGGGGGAGCGGCCGCACGCCUGUUCAGUGUGCGGCAAGAGCUUCCGCCUGCGAGACAAUCUGAAGGCACACCUGCGGUUCCACACCGGCGAGAAGCCCUUCAGCUGCUCCCUGUGCGGCAAGACCUUCAGGAUCAUGAGGAACCUGGAGACGCACAGACUGAGCCAGUGCGAAGCGUUCGUCCCUUCGUUCAGGACUAUCGCUGGGAUGCCAAAGCUGCCAAACAACGUACCGCUGCCUACCUCAUAAAAAAACAAAAAAAAAACCAAAACACUGAAUCACUUUUGUAUUCAGCUGUAAAGGAGACAGUUUUCAAAGCUGAGAAUAAGACAAAGCUAUAAAGAGACCCUGCUGCUUUUUUUUUAUAUAUAUAUAUUUUUAAGCCAUUUGAAGAUGUAGUUUUGUAAUAACGAGAAGGGAGUUGAAGUUUGACCUUGUCGAAAGCAAAUAUCUGUGUGUUUUUAAAAUGUAUAUGUAUGGCAUUUCAUUUUAUGUCUGUGGACCAAUAUUGAACUGAAAACCACUUUUAUUGAUCUGCAGAGCUGGUCAGGUAUAUGUGCUGAAAACCCCGCUGCACAGAGAUUGCUGUGUUGUAAAUGGGUUUGUUUACGUGCAGCUUGUCCAUCAAAGCCUUGUCCUGCUGUUGUGUUCAAUGAAUGUUUGUAGACGUCGCUCUACAUCAACUGAAUGUGCAAAGAGUUGCUACACUGUCGAGAUUACAUAAGAUACUCUUGUGUAAGUUUUUACAUUCUUUAUACUGUAACGUCCAUUUUAAAAGGUUGUAUUAAA